GCGAUAUCUUUUCAGACAUUGGCGGAUGAUCAUCGUGCAGUGGUGGAUCUGAUUCUAUAAAACAUAGCUGACCAAGUAGAAUGAUCGGGGGAAUCAAAGCUAUCGACACCUCUUUAAUUCAUCGCAUCCAUUCCGGACAGGUUGUCUUAGAUCUACAAAGUGCCAUCAAGGAGCUCUUGGAGAACAGCUUGGAUGCUGGGGCAACGGCCAUUGAUGUACGAAUCAAAGACAACGGUCUAGAUAGCAUAGAGGUUGUCGACAAUGGCUCGGGCAUAGCGGAGGCUGAUUGGGAAUCUAUUGCCCUGCGACAUCACACGUCAAAAUUGCCGUCUCUAGAAGAUCUACACAAAGUAACUACCUUUGGCUUCAGAGGCGAAGCACUUUCCGCCCUGGCUGCCCUAUGCGACUCAAUUACAGUAGUGACGGCUACCAAGGAGACGGCCCCAAUGGGGGCAGUAAUCAAACUCGGGAAAGAUGGUCGAACGAUUGAGACUUCAGGAAGGGUUGCCCGACCGCGUGGGACAACCGUUACACUAUCAGGUCUCUUUAAUCCUCUUCCUGUAAGGCGAAAGGAGUUUGAACGGAAUGCGAAGAAAGAAGUGUCGAAAGCGCUCGUCCUACUGACCGCAUAUGCCCUCGUACCGGCAAGUGCCUCGGUUCAGGACGCACGAAACGGAGUCCGUUUGAAGGUUGAACUUACUGCAGGGGGAGGACGAGCUUCCAAACGGAGCAUUCACUUGAUGACGGAUGGAAGAGGUCAGCUGCGUUCUUCUGUAGGCGCUGUAUGGGGGCCUUCAGCGUUAGAUAACGUUGAGGAUAUCAAUCUCCGUUUGGAAGUGGAGAUUGACCGAGUCAUGGCUCGUCGCGAAGGAAUCACGGAAAGGAAGCAGACUGUGGAGGUCAAGGGGCUGAUUUCAUCAGCACAAUGGGGCUGUGGAUUUUCAACAUCCUCAAGGCAAUUUUUCUACAUCAAUGGGCGCCCAUGCAAUCUCACAAAAGUGGCUAGAGCGAUCAACGAAGUCUACAAAAGCUUCAACACAAACCAACUACCUCUCGCUAUCCUUGACUUUAAGAUUCCUACUGAGAGUGUGGAUAUCAAUGUUAGCCCUGACAAACGAACAAUUUUCGUGCACAGCGAAGACUGUCUCAUAGAUUCCCUCAAGACAGCUUUGGAGUCAUUCUUUGCACCGUCACGUAAUACAUUCACUGUGGAAGGAGCCAGUCGCACGAUAAAAAGCAUCCGACGUGAUCAUUCACAUCCAUCGCUGAAACAAAGUCAGCGCAGUCAAGCAAUUAAUCAAACACAACAAGAAGACGCAAGUUUGGAGGAGCAAGGGGGUGAACGCCAAGUAGCAAGUGACACGGAGGCAUUCGAUAAUGUAAUAGCUCGGAGACCCCUUUCACGUAGGUGCUCCCAAACUACCGGCAGCAUCCCUUCAUCUCCACACGAGGAGCAAAUGAAAGGAUCCAUAACUUCCGCCGCAACAUUGACUUCUUCCCUUUGUGAACUGAACGAAGCCCGGCUCUCUUCCCCAAGCUCUCAAGCGUCACUUCGGCAGCGGUCCCUGAGCACAUCCAAACCUUCCUUGAAUCCUGCCCAAACAGUCUCCGCCAUCCAAGCGCUCAAUAACUGUGAGGCAGUUAGCAAAGACCGAAUGUCGAAGCUAAGGGAAAAUUCACAAGGCAGCACUAGUCAAAAGGCUACUGCGAAACACGAAAGUGACGACGAAACGCAGAUUUCUGUGGUUGAAGAACAGGAAGUGAUGGAAGAUAUGCCCGAAGAUGCGAAUCAAGAUGAGGGAAGGAACACGGAAAUAGUCAGCCCGAACCAUGAAACCCCGAAGAUAUCUGAAGGUGAGGCAGCCGUAGAGGCUAUCGAGAUCGAGGAUCAGACGAUAGAAACGGCGUCCGGCGUUCAGGAUCAUACUAUAAAACAUUCAACGCAUGCGAACAGACCGAUCCUCGAAAUAGAAAGUUCCACUGAUGAGAAUUUACUCCUUUCCACACGUCAUUCCGCUUCUGCGGUGUGGUGCGGAGUGGACCAACAACUGUCUGAGCAAACAUCGGCUUCUCCUCAACAUAUCCUUUCUGGGAGUGGCCGUGACUUGUCUAUUAGGACUGAUCCUCCACCUGAAAAUCGGAAGAUUGACUUUUCUACCUCGUGUGAUCCGCAGCGGACAUCUGCCUCUUCGUCCUCUUCACCUAUCGUCAAGCCGAGAGUCUCUCAACGUCUUAAACCUGAUAAAGCUUACCGGGAUGAGAUUAUCUCUACGGCUCCACAAGGUGAAGUCAUUAUGCGUUUCGACUUGUCCCGCUUGCGCAAGAGAUUUGCAAAUGCAGGAAAUCGCCAAGCAGGAGCGCAGAGCAAGCGUGUAUCACAGCUUGUAAAACAAGGCGAUUUAGAGGAAGCAGCCGGUAUCAAAAACAAAGACUCGGAACUCGCAGAGGAAACCCUUUCAAGGGUAAUCUCGAAAGCUGACUUUGAGAAGAUGGAAGUCAAGGGGCAGUUUAAUAAGGGAUUCAUCAUAGCAAGGUUACAAUCGACAGAUAACGGAACAGAUGAUCUUUUUAUCAUCGACCAACAUGCUUCAGACGAAAAGUACAACUUUGAAACCUUACAGCAAACAACGAAAAUCAAAGCUCAGGCUCUUAUCAAACCUCGGGCGCUUCAUCUCACGGCUGGCGAUGAAAUUGUUGCUAUGGAAAAUAUUGACAUCCUCAAUGCCAACGGGUUUGAUGUCCAUGUUGAUGAGAGCAAGCCUGCGGGGAAGGGUGAGAGAAUAAGUCUUUUGGCAAUGCCAGUAAGCAAAGAAACCGUAUUUGAUUUUAAAGAUUUAGAACAGCUACUUCACCUGUUGUCUGAUGACUCCCGACCAUCAGGACAGAUGGUCCGUUGCAUGAAAGCCAGGGCAAUGUUUGCCAGUAGGGCUUGCAGGAAAAGCGUCAUGAUCGGAAAAACUUUGACAAAGGGCCAAAUGUCUCAGCUACUACGCAAUAUGGGUACCAUCGAUCAGCCAUGGAAUUGCCCUCACGGUCGUCCCACAAUGAGACAUCUUACCAAAUUGAACCCAGCACCAGAAUCAAGUAAAAUAAAAGGGAGAUUUGACUGGACCAGGUGGAAAGAGGCUCUGGCGUGAGAUAGUAGUGGCUAUUGAUGAUGAGAACAACAGCAUGACUGUUACGUACGGUGUAGUGCUACGGGUCGUAAUCCCGAUAGCGAGGGGAGUCCUCGUGGUUGGGACUAAUCCACCCUUGACGCUACAACGGUCGAUGCACUAGCUAAAAAUUUGUCCACG